AUAAUUUUACUUAAUUUAACAUAUUCUAUUACAAUUUAUGCAGAUUUAUGGAGCAUAGACCUUUGCAUUUCUAAUGCAAUUUUCAUCUGACUAUUUUGGGAAGAAAUUUUAGUUGAAAUUUUUGCAGAUUCCGCAAUAUUUACUUUUCUAGGAUGAAUAUCUUUUGAUUAAGUAUUGGUUUAAAUUAGAGCAAGGCGGUGUGAAAAGUAGUAUGGGAGAAUCAUUCGGAUACCGUUACAAUCCCAGUUAUACACCUGAGCCUCAUUUCAUACCAGGGUACGGUGGACAUUUACCAGGCGUGUUAACUAGAUUCGGCACUAGGUAUGGUAAUGCUUCAUAUGAAGUCCUGAGACAACGUCCCAUGGUAGCCUCUCGUUUAGCACCAUUGAGAUCCGAAGAGGAGAAAAAGAAGGAAGAUUCAUUUCCCCUCCAUUGCCAAUGCAAGAAAGAAAUUCAGCUACACAAGCAAGGAAUUAUUACAAAUGAAGAAGAAAUGUUCCUUCCUGAACACAUUUGUCCUGGUUAUACAGGCUGCCUUUCCUUGAAGAAGAAAGGCCUUCCACUUAACAUUUGUUGUGAUGAAGUACUGCGGUCCUUGGGCUGCCAUCAGGAUGCGUAUCAGAUAACAGAGAGCAGGCAAGAGGAUCCUUUCCCUGGACCCCCACCUGUCAUCGACCAUACCCAAGAUGCAGGAAGACUAAAAGAUGGAAUGUGGCUCAGAUUCCCUGAAAACUAUGUCAAUAGAGAGAACUUCAAAUGGAUGUAAAAUUAAAUUGACGGAAACUUCCUGUCUUGCAGACGCAGCACAAAGGGAAAGGAUUGACUGAAUUUGUUUACUUUCUAAACACACAGAUUAUUUCUUACUGAUCUGAUAAAUCAUGACUUUAUAAAUGUAUUUUUCAUUUAUAGUGUUUCACUUUCGAUAAAUAAAGACACUUUUAUAUCUA